AUGACCCAAACCCUCAUCAAUUUCUCCUCUCCCUCUCACCCACUGCAACCGAAAUUCUUCCCCAGUCCUGAUAUCCAUAUCGCCGUCCUAUCCUACCACUCAUCUCGCCCACCGUCCAACCCAUCUUCGAUCCUCCGUGUCUCUUGUCGUUUGCUUCAUCACGUAUCAUACCUAGUAACAUGGACUAUCAAUCUAUCAGACUUGAAGUCAUCAGUGGAAAAAAUCUCUAUUUCCCCUCCUUCCGCAUACCCGCGAGUCCAGACUCUGGAAAUCAAGCUAUCCGAGUCCCUUCAUCAAACAGUUCUCAAUCCACCGAGCAUAUCAGAUCCGAACUGGUCCUUGAUUUGUGGGCCAUCGCAUGCGUCACCUAAAUUAUCGGUCGAGAUCAGGGCAUCUUUGGAAUUCGGUGGAAUGCUGGGCAAUGGAGAACUCAUUGGACAGCUUGAAAUGUCUUGGGUUGAACCGCUCGGUCAUGGAGAUGAGCCUUUGGAACUGUCCUUCCCACUCGUUUAUGGUGUUCACCCAUCUCUCACGUUGAAGGCCGCUUUAGUGAAUGUUGGUGGAAACAACGACGGUGAACUGUUGACUUCCAUCAUUGACUGCGAGAUCGCUCGAGACACGGAUGCGGGUCACACAAGAUUUGCAGCAUACGUGACUAGCAAGCCGGUCUCUGACCUGAAUGAUGCCGUGGAACAUGUUGCGUUGGUUUUAGAGCGGUGUCCGGUCGGCCACCCUGACCAACCUCGCGUGCGCACGCUUUCAAGGGGCCACCCUGAUUAUCCAUCAUCUCUGUACCAUGUCCUUAAAGCAUUGAUCUGGCGCUACAGCAAGGAGCUUGCCGCCAUCAAUAUCCGCGAAUCUGCUCAAAUCUCCCUUGAGCUACUACCUAUCUGCCCAGAAGGCACAUAUCUUCGGACCAUCGUGGCAGGGGCAAGUGGUAUGGAUUAUGUAAUCCGCACAUGCAACAAUCUUCCGAUAGACGCAUCCGAUGAAGGCAUCCACCUUCGACGAAUCGUACUCGAGCUCUGUCCUUUGGGCCAUGAAUACCGUCCCAGCUCCCUCUAUAAGCUUUCAUGCGCACUCGCUGUUUCUCUGUGUCCCGAGGGACAUCCUGAUCGUGGUGUCUACUUGAAUAACUUGGCUGUCUCACUCCGCUACUACCGCUUCCGUCACCAAGACAAAUCUGAUGACCUCGACGAGGCCGUCUCUCUGUACGAAGAAGCACUGUGCCUGAGCCCUGUUGGGCAUAAAUCUCGGGAUCUACAAUGGGGCGCCCUCCUUGACCGUUUCAAGUAA